GGUGAGAGGAAGUUCGUUACUGUCGAAAGAGUAAUCCAAUUACUAUUCCUAUCUCUACAGCCAUUGUACCUUCGCACUUGUUCCAGUCUCGUUUCAAGAACCAAAUCUUGUCACAUCUUGUCUCUCACUUGAACAGUUGGGCGUGAUCAUUGUCGUUUAUCACGUGUUCAGAGUUCCGUGACCAGAUAAUGGAGAAAUCCCUCUUUGCCCCAAAACUUCAUGGGCCCGAAUAUAAGAGGGUACUCACCACAGAUUCUUCUAGCGAGGAUGGAACUGAGAUGAGCGAGCCUCCCUCGUGGUUUCGAGAAGUCAAUGAUGAUAUCCGGUCUCGAAUCUCGAGGAGAAUUUUGAUUUCAGUUACAUUGUUAUCCAUAGUGCUGUUAUUCGUGUCGUCCAUAACGAUAACCGGACUGGUCAUCUCCUCUCGAAAACCUCAUAAAUUACCGGUCGCUCCUGAAGGGACAGCUUGUGGAGGCAAUCCGACUGCUGCAAGAUUGAAUGGGUGUGUUUUCGACCCUAUGAUGAGCGCGUGGAUACCUCGAGAUUGUGUUUUUGAUGAGUUGGUGGAACACGCCGGCGACAUCUUUACAACGUGGGAUUGGUAUUCCGAUGUCGACCUCACACAGCCGAUCAAGGGAAAGGACGAGUUGGAUUUCUUGCGAGCUGGAAAUUAUACCAGGGUGUGGACUUCGCAUCAGAACGCUCACGAGCUUCACUGCGUAUAUAUUUGGAGAAAGAUGGGUAUGGCUUUGAGAAAUGAUCCUCCAUUGGUGGAUGCGAGCAAUGCUUAUCGCCACGUAACUCAUUGCUCCGCCAGCCUGGAGUUGAUAUUGCAAGCAAAGACUGUCCCUGAGGAACCAGAGGCUUUUGAAUGGCCUAUGAUGUAUCAUACAUGUUCCUUACUUAAAUACGACGUUUGAUGAAUUGGUAGCAUGUUUCUGUCGCAAGUUGUAGAAGGAUUCUACGUAAGCGCGUUAGUGUGAUGAAUACGACUGAUAUUUUCCA